AUGCUCGAAGAGCCUCAGCAAAAUACCCUGCUCCCCAUGUUUAUCAACAUAGCUCCCUUACGUUAUGGAACAGGCUACGAUUCCUGCGAAGUCGAAUUGAACUUCGCAUCCGCUGCUGACUUGUCCGGAAAUACACUACGCCCCAGAGAACUUUGCGCAAAAACUCAAACGGACUUUGCCAUUGUCGAUGGUUGGAUUGAAAAAUGCACAAAAGAUCACAAGAAAUGUGGGAUGGACAGCGGAGGAUGGUAUCCAAGUCGUCUGCUAUACCUCAGACCACGCGGCCCAAAAGCCAGGCUCGUAUUGUCCAAGGAUCAUCCUCCCAAAGGUCAUUAUAUAACCCUAAGUCAUCGUUGGGGCGUCGAGUCGUACACAAAACUAACAUCGACAACAAUACAAGAACUUCAGGCGACCAUUGACAUCGUCAGUCUCCCGCAGAUCUUUCAGGAUACUAUUACGAUCGCCCUUCACCUUGGCAUUUAUUACCUUUGGAUCGAUACUCUGUGUAUCAAGCAGGACAAAGAUGGUCGAUCAGACUUGAGAAACGAAUUACAGGACAUGGAAAAGAUAUAUUCGUGCGCUUUUCUGAAUGUAUCGGCAACAAUGUCAAUCGAUGGCUCCGAAUCUCUCAUUAUGGACCGUUCCCCAGAUCCUCACUACCCUUCAGAGCUCGAACUAAUCGCCAAUGAUACUCGUCAAAAAUUCAUGAUAGUGGACGGUGACAUGUGGUCCGACGAAAUUGAUAAUGCUCCACUCAACAAAAGAGGUUGGGUAUUCCAAGAACGUUUUAUGGCGCGUAGGAUCCUCCAUUUCGGGCGCCAUCAAAUGGGAUGGGAAUGCUGUGAGCUUGCUGCUUUGGAAAUGUUUCCGAAUGGAUUGCCUCGAACAUCCGCUAUGUCAUUUAUUUCAAAACCAAAAAUCGAAACGGCGAUGGCGACACUGAUCCAAAAUCCUGACCGUGUUGACGACACCCAUUUUGUUGAGUUAUGGCAACUCCUAGUACACGAGUACUCAAAAUGUACACUUACGUACUCCGAGGACAAGCUUAUUGCAUUUUCGGGUAUUGCCAAACGCAUGACUCGACACAGGAACGAUUAUUACAUUGCCGGUAUGUGGAAGAAAAGUAUGGUAUAUGAUCUCGGGUGGUGGAGGCCUACGGAAGUUCGCAUGGCCCUCCCGAUUAGGCUGACUCCCUUUCGUGCCCCCAGCUGGUCGUGGGCUUCUGUUGACGGCGAAACACUUUUCCCAUCCACCUUUGGAGGAGUACAGGCUCAUUUUGCCGAGGUUGAAGAGGUCCUGGAGCCCAUCGAGAAUGACAGAAGUGCCCCAACGACUGGAAUCUUAAUCCGAAUCAGGGGAUUGGGUCUCCCUCUGAAAGUCUUGUGGUGUGAAGAAAGGAUUACGAGCUUCGAGGUGGCUGGCGUUCGCUUCUGCACGGGCGAUUCACCACGCGACUCAUUGAUCAGCCUAGAAUAUCCUCAGGAAGAGGUGCAAGAACUGAUUCAACGAGGAAGAUUGUCAUUCUUACCUCUGUUCGCUACCAGUUAUCUCAUUCACGGAGCUGUGCUUACAAAGACUCGUGGAGUUGGCACUCAUCGACGGCUUGGGGCAGUGGAGAUCCCCGUCAUGAUAGAAUCUGACUUUACUACAUCUAUGUCAAUGGGUGAAGGGAGUGGUCAGAAAGAGCAAUGGAAUCUUUUCCAGAUGGAUGGCCCGACGAGGAAGCUCCCUGGAUCGACUGAUCAAACCACGCAUGUAAGUUCCUACUGGAGUAGAUCUGCAGUAAAACUGCUGCAUUUGCUCUAUUCAGCACCUACACGUCGCAUCAUUGAUAUUUACUGA